CCAAAUCAUUUUCGUUCUCUUUUUUCCUCAUGCUUUUCAGGUGAGAGAUCUAGCGACCGGAAAAGAAAAUGUCGACUGUUACUAUAGAGCCUCUCGUCGGUAAUAGUCUCCGGCGAAGCCCAAAACUUUAUUUAAAUCCAAAAAUAACCCCUCAUUUUUCUCUAAAUUACUCUCGGAAGCCGCUCUCCGCUAACGUAACUUUGAGAUUCCGGCGUCGCCGGUCGACGUUCGCUCUCCGAGCUAGCUCCACUGACGCCGCUGUCAUUGAGACAUCGGAGAAGUCCGACGUCGUUUUAACAGAGACUUUUUUGGUGAAACGACCGGAAAGGGCUGAAGGAAAGAUAGCAAUCAGAUUAGAUAAGGGGAAAGACGAAGAGAAUUGGCACCUCUCUGUGGGAUGUAGCGUGCCAGGGAAAUGGAUUCUUCAUUGGGGGGUCAAUUAUGCUGGUGAUGCUGGCAGCAGUGAAUGGGAUCAACCUCCUCCAGAGAUGCGGCCCUCAGGUUCGAUCACAAUAAAGGAUUACGCAAUUGAAACUCCUUUGAAAGGGUCAUCAACAAUUUUGGAAGGAGAAAAGUUUCAGGAAGUGAAGAUUGACAUAAGUUCUAAGUGGUCUAUUGCAGCCAUAAAUUUUGUGUUGAAGGAUGAGGAAACUGGAGUUUGGUAUCAGCACAGAGGGCGGGACUUCAAGAUUCCUCUUAUUGACUACCUUGAAGAUGAUGCUAAUAUUGUUGGAGUUAAAAAGGGAUCGGGCAUAUGGCCAGGACCGCUAGGGCAGCUGUCGAACAUCCUCCUUAAGCCAGAAGCUGCUCCCUCAAAAGGGGAAGCAAGCAGCAAUGAUGGGUCUAGUUUGAAAAACAAGCGCCUUGAAGGGUUCUAUGAAGAGCAGACCAUAGUAAAAGAAACUUUUGUUGACAACACUGUUAGUGUCAUUGUUAAGCACUGUCCAGACACUGCCAAGAAUAUUUUGUAUAUAGAUACCGACUUACCGGGAAAUGUAGUUCUUCACUGGGGAGUCUGCAAAGAUGAUGCUAAAACAUGGGAACUUCCUACAACGCCAUAUCCAGCGGAAACAGUAGUGUUCAAGAAUAAGGCACUGAGGACUUUGCUGCAGAGAAAAGAGGGAGGCGAUGGUUCUUCUGGCCUGUUUACUUUGGAUGGAGGACUUUCCGGAUUUGUUUUUGUGGUGAAGCUGGAUGAAAAUACAUGGUUGAAUUGCAAGGGAAACGACUUUUAUAUACCUUUAUCAAGUGGCAAAUAUCAGUCUAGCACAAUACAUUCGGAGGAGAGAAAACAAGAUGAAGAGUCAAAUUCUUCAGAGAUACUCAACCGUGCUCCUGAGGAGAAACAAGCAGGCUCUAUGUUUACUGAUGAAAUAAUAAAGGAGAUAAGAAAUUUGGUGACUGGCAUUUCCUCUGAAAAGAGUCGGAAGACAAAAAGCAAGGAAACACAAGAAAACAUUCUUCAAGAAAUUGAGAAGCUUGCCGCGGAGGCUUAUAGUAUAUUCAGAAGUUCAACCCCAACAGUCCCAACAAUUUCAGAAAAUGUUGUUUCUGAAGCUGAGGUUUCACAACCUGAUGUCAAAGUAUCUUCAGGGACUGGUUCAGGAUUUGAAAUUUUGUGCCAAGGGUUUAAUUGGGAAUCUCAUAAAUCUGGAAGAUGGUACAGGGAGCUGCAUGAAAAAGCUGCAGAGUUAUCUUCACUUGGAUUCAGUGUCAUCUGGUUACCUCCACCAACUGACUCGGUGUCACCGGAAGGCUACAUGCCUAGGGAUUUAUAUAACUUAAAUUCCAGAUAUGGUAGUUUUGAUGAAUUGAAAGUUACUGUAAAGAAAUUCCAUGAAGUGGGCAUCAAGGUUCUCGGUGAUGUUGUCUUAAAUCAUAGAUGUGCAAGUGAACGUAAUCAAAAUGGUAUAUGGAAUAUUUUUGGUGGUCGUUUAAAUUGGGAUGAUCGUGCAGUUGUUGCUGAUGAUCCACAUUUCCAGGGAAGGGGUAACAAAAGUAGUGGAGAUAACUUCCAUGCUGCUCCUAACAUUGAUCAUUCCCAGGAAUUUGUGAGAAAGGAUAUCAAGGAAUGGUUACACUGGCUGAGGGAGGAAAUUGGUUAUGAUGGAUGGAGGCUUGAUUUUGUUCGUGGGUUCUGGGGUGGUUAUGUGAAGGAUUACUUGGACGCAACUGAGCCUUACUUUGCUGUGGGCGAGUAUUGGGAUUCACUUAGUUAUACUUACGGAGAGAUGGAUCACAAUCAAGAUGCGCAUCGACAGAGAAUUGUUGACUGGAUUAAUGCUACUAAUGGAACUGCAGGAGCAUUUGAUGUGACAACAAAAGGAAUUCUUCAUUCUGCAAUUGAGAGAUGCGAAUACUGGCGAUUAUCGGAUCAGAAGGGAAAACCUCCUGGCGUUGUGGGGUGGUGGCCAUCGCGUGCUGUUACCUUUAUAGAGAAUCAUGAUACAGGUUCCACACAGGGUCAUUGGAGAUUUCCUGGUGGGAAGGAGAUGCAAGGUUAUGCCUAUAUCCUGACUCACCCUGGAACCCCGUCAGUCUUCUUUGAUCACAUUUUCUCUGGUUAUCGAUCUGAAAUAGGAACUCUUAUGUCACUCAGAAGGCGGAAUAAGAUCAACUGUCGGAGUAUGGUGAAAAUAACAAAGGCCGAAAGGGAUGUUUAUGCAGCAGUUAUUGAUGAUAAGCUGACCGUUAAAAUAGGACCAGGCCACUAUGAGCCUCCGAGUGGGGAUCAGAGAUGGUCGUUGGCUGCUGAGGGUAACAAUUACAAGGUUUGGGAAUCUUCAUAAGAAGAAUCACUCUCUUACGCUGUAUCAAAGGACUAGAAACUAUUCGGACAUGUUUGAGGUUAAUGUUGCUCCAAUUUAUCUGCCAAAGGAGUGGAGAUGGGAGGAGCUCAUGUCAUCAAAAUGUUGUACUGCAGCGGUUUAUUAGUUUUGCUGCAUCUUAAGCCUGAUAUGGGUAGUAAUCUAAGAAGUUGGAGUAAAAAAUAGUUCUAAAAAUACGAAGAGCAAGAGUUGUAAUUAAUAUUAUUAGAUCUCGUGAAAUCACGGACACUGUAUACAGUCUGGUAAAAAAUGUAUAUGAUAGAUACCAUUACAUUGUAUUGCCUUCUUAGAAGAUAGAGGCAUUGUAGAUGUAAGGAAUUCUGUACAACUAGUAGCCAUAUUGGCAUCAGGACAACAUUAUUUGUGUAUAAAUAUUGGAAUAUGCCUAUUGAUAUAUUGUAUUUCUUUUGCUGAAUCAA